AUGGCCUCCGUUUCCCCAGCAUCCAAGACGAUCACGAGCACCCAAUGGGAAAACCGCAACCGCGGCUUCGUGCCACCUUCUGAACUUAGACAGUGGCGACAGUCCACUGUUCCCCACGAAUUCCGUCAGCAGCAGGCAGACGAGGCGGAGCAGCCUCCGCAGCCGACGACGCCUCCGCCGAUGCAGGCGUCGACAUCCGCCCCCUCAUCUCCGCAGCCAGCGCCCAGCAGGCCUGCACACGUUCAUUCUCGUUCCACGUCGACUUCCUUCUUCUCUUUCCGUAGCAAGAACUCUAGCCAGGCGCAACAAGAUGCCCAGUCCCAAUCAGCUGCAGCUGCAGCCGCGCCGCAACCCCCGAUGCCUGGCGGAUCCAACGUGACCAACCCUCCAAACGCCAUGGGUCAAGGACCGUCCACCGUGCUUACGCGAACCAAGUCGAAUGGUCCUCAGGGUGCCGAUAUGCAGCCCCAGCAAGGACCUUCCCAGCAGCGCCCCAGCGUGCAAUCGCGCACAUCUACGACCCUGGCACAACCCGCACCUCCUCCCCUGCACCCGGAGAUACGCUCUGUCGUCCAGUUGAAUCUUGCUCACACGAACAAGGUGUACCAAUGGGGGAAGCUCAUCCGUAGGAUUGAGCGCCAGCCCGAUGGCCAGAGACCUACGAAGGACGAGGGUUGGACCGAAGUGUGGGCGCAGUUGAGCGGCACUAUCCUCAGUGUCUGGGAUAUGAAGGAGGUGGAGGAAGCGGGGAGGCAGGGGAGAGAGGUCCCUCCUAGUUACAUCAAUGUUACCGAUGCUUUCGUCCAAGUGUUGGGUGCAGUGACUGUCCCAGCCUCUGCUACUCAGCCGGCUCAGAAAUAUACCAAUGUGAUAACCCUCAAUACCGCUGGAUCUAACCUCAUCUUAUUCUCCUGCCCUUCGACCCCUGCCCUCAUAUCCUGGGCAUCGGCUAUACGACUGUCUGCAUGGGAAAAGUCUCGUUUAGAAGAGAUUUACACCGCCCAUCUUAUCCGCAUAACUCUCAGAGAAGGCGUCAAUUGCCCGACAACGCUGGUCAAGGGCAGAAUGGAGGGCUGGGUCAGGAUCCGUGUGGCAGGCCAGACCGACUGGAAACGCCUGUGGAUGGUAGUAACUGCCGGUUCCGGUCGCGCACCCGACACACCGUCAGGUGAAGGUCGGCCAGAGUCGCCCAACGCUCCGCGCAAGAAGCGCAUGUCGAACCUGUUCUCAAGGGAGCACAGUCCCCACCCCGAGAUACCCCUUAUAUCCCUGCACAGUUCGCCGAAGCCUAAGGACAAAAAACGGCCUGCGCUGACUAUGCAGGCUGUGACUCAGGCGUUCGCUGUAUACCCAGAGCGUCCCGACUUGAUUAGCCGGAGCACGCUGAUAAAGCUCGAGGGAACUCUAGGAGAGGAAGAGGUUGCUGGGGGUAUGAAGAAUAGGCAGGCGUGGCUGCUCGUCAUGCCGGAGCUAGAGGGCGGGAACGUACAGGCAGCGGAAAUGCUCAAAUGGCUCAUCGCUAUUCACGACUCCUUUGAGCUCUAUGGUCGCCCUAAUGCUUACAUACAGGAUCCUCGCGACCCGUCGUCUCUUAUGUUCGCAUACCCUGUGGGUCCUCAUAAGGACUUGCUCUUCUUAGACCGAGAGCUCGCCGAGACUGUGGAUCCACGUGACGACCGCACCGCUAUCGUUAGGCAGCGGUUCACUCACAUUUUGCACGAGCGGAUGCGUACGCUGGGUCCCGAAAAUCAAGCGCGGCCUGUCACGAGUCCCCCGCCGGAGGGACGAAAGAUGCCGGACUCUGCACCUAGAUUACCCCCUCUCCCAGAAAUGACAACUGAAGAUAAUGGUCUACCUCAGCUUCCUCCUCUCAGCUUCGAUUCGUCAUCCUCGGCACAGGCUGCAGCAGCGACCGAAAGACGCGUCUUAACCCCGAUAACAGAGCGGAGUGUACGUGAAAGUGUAACUCCCACAGAUCAGCAGAGCCCUCCAAGUCACGCAAAUUCCGGAGACAGCAGGAUUGGACGAAGGCCGUCGACGCAUUUGGAAGGCACGCCGGCUGCGAUUCCAGAAGUGCCUCAAGAGCUGGAAUCCCUGAGCGGCCAGUCUCUCGUUACCAGUCCAACACAGGGCAACAUUGAUCUGGAGGCCAAGCAGAGCGAGGACUCGCACAGUGGUGCGCCUGGCUCCAGGCCGGAUUCUAAACUUAGUCAUGAUUUUAGACCGAAGCCGGAUGAUGCUGGCGGUCUCGCUGAUCAUACGGGUCGUCCACCCAUGUCUCCGGGCUCAGGCAGGCAGUCGCUAUCUAUGUCUUCAAGAGCGAUCUCGCCCCCGGCACCUGCGAAAUCUCCUGUCAGAGCCGGGCAACAACCUUCCUUUUCUCACUCUCCCAAGCCGAGUUCACCUUCUACUGAGACGACGUCGCAAGGCCAGAGUGUUCCGCCGCGCACGCCCUCUCCUCCGCAUUCGGUAUUGACAUCCCCGUACUCCAUGAUGCACGACUCUCCCGUCAGACGAUUCGCAGAUCGUGAUUCGUUUGAGAGCUUCCAGCGUGCUGGCAUGUCACAAGACUAUCAUCAGCAAAGUCUUGCGGGUGCCAUGCAGCAGCAAGUUCCACCGCCGCCGCCACCGCCACUGCCUGCCAAACCGGCCGAACUUGCAGCGAGUCCCACAGACAACCUUUUGGAUGAAGCAGGCGCGGCACUGUUCUACAUGCAACAAAUUCAUCAGGACAAUGUCCUUGCAAAAUCUUCCCGUCGACCGCCGCCUGGGAGUUCCGAUGAUGAUGAAUCUGACUACGGUGAUGAUCGCUCGGACCAGUCCCCAGUCCGUUCCCCUCCAGCGUCGUCUCCCCGGUUUGCGGAGAUGCGUCGCACAUCGCCGCCGGCCGUGGCCUCGAAUACACUCAGUGCACGUGCGCCGAUCACUCGCCGCCCAUCUGGAGCACGUGCACCGCCCAAUUCGCGUCGGCUUGUGCCGGAGAGACGGUCUUCAUCCCCACAACGACGCGUCGAGGAAAACAUGUCCCGCAACGAUGCACCACCCGCCAGCGGCAGUGGGCUCGAGGACCCCGAUGCUGACGCCUUAGCAGCUCUGACUUUCUUAGAACGAGAGGAGCAGCAGCCGCAGUCUUCACCACAGCAGCAGAAACAACAGUCCCCAGUACCACCGCCGCCACCUCAGGUUGUGGAACCGUCAGACAGGACGGCCUCGCCUCACGCGAGCUCGGAUGGAGCCUCACAAUUCCGCUCGUCUUUUGCUCCUUCCAAGCAAGCCAUGGAACGGAAAGCCAAGUCACAGGCUCAGCAAGCUGCCCAUGAAGCCGCUGUGCACCGCCCCGGACGGGUGAACGGUCGGCAGAAGGGGAAGGCCAGGGACCGUGGAGCUUGGAACGAUAGCAGCGAUGAAGAGGAGGAAGAAGAGGAAGAAGAGGAUGAGGAUGAUGAGGACGCUGGAUCUGACGCCGGACCUCCCGCCUCCGUGAGUAGCAGGGCCCAUCAAGGAGCCGGGGCGGCCCCUCCCAGCUCACAAGGUCAUCAUGCUCCGCCAAUGCCAUAUCGCACUCCCAAUGGUCCCCUUGCUGAGAGCUCCGCGUAUGCACAGCCCCGGCCAUCUCGUAAUUUGCCUCAGACACCCGGAGGGGCGCGAGCAAUGAAUGAAAUGGACGAGUACCGUGGACAAGCUCCUCGCCCUCCUCGCAUGGUGUCCGACCAGUAUUCUGAAGCUAGGCGGACCCAAUACGAUGACGGUCACCGCACAUCCCCUCAACCUCCUCAACUCGGAGCUGCCCGCCAGAGCGUCUGGAGUCAGGUGCUGGAACCUGGCCAAAAGCACGGAGGUCAUCCGCCACCACCUCCUACUCAGCAGCGAGAUACAUUUGUUCAAAUCGAGCCUCCUUCCGCGACUAUGACGAAAGCCUUCACCCCUCAAGGAUUGCUGUCUGCUGGUCUGCAGGAGAAGGAGGAUCGUUCUGCAAAGAGACAGGAGGAGCUCGCGAGAGAGUCAGGAGCAUCACUCAUCAAUGUGCCUAACAAGCCUCCUCCACCGCAAACAGGUCUCCUUGGGGCGAUCUCUGCUCACGAGCGCGAGCGGAAACGUGAAGGUGGUUUCGGCGCCGCAUUGACCGAACGCGAACGGGAGAAGCGCUUAGCCGAGGAGAGGCAACGUAAACUUGAUGAGUUGCAGCGACAGCAGCUCGAACAGAUGUCCCAAGCCGGUGGUAUGUUCGGUAACCCUCAAUUCCCCUACAAUCCCAUGAUGGGUAAUCCAAUGAUGAGCCCUAUGAUGAUGGGUAUGAACCCGAUGAUGACGGGAUACAUGAGCUACCCUGGUAUGAUGCCGAAUCCUGGUAUGAUGCAGACUCCUACUGGGAUGAUGCCCACUCCUACUGGAAUGAUGCCAGGCUAUGGAAAUCCCCACAUGUUCGCCGCUCAGCAAGCAGCUCAGGCAUACCAGCAAGCUAUGAUGGCGUUCUCUGCAGCCGGCUCCCAAGCAGGCGGAGAAGGAGGCGGAACUCCUGGACCCCUUCAACCGAUGAUGACUGGCGGCAGCAUGAGCUUUGACCCCCGUAUGUCUAUGAUGGGCAUGCCGAUGAUGGGUGGUAUGCCGCCGAUGGGUGGUAUGGGCAUGGGGAUGCAGAUGACCGGUGCAUCCAACUUCGACCCAAGAUUCUCGCAAUUUGACAGUGGCCUUCGGCCUCCGGGAGACCCAGCCAGCCAGAGGUUUUCACCACAGGCUAGUCAAAGCGGAUCCCCCUCUGGUCCACGUCCAGUUGAUCCCGGCGACGAGCCUCCCAGGAUGUCGGCCAAUGCUAGUCCAAAGCCUUCGACGCCUAGGUCUUGAUUCCUCGCACACGCCUAGCACAUUCCUUCGUAAUUCCCUUUCUAUCUUGCCUGUCUUUGCUCCCUGCUAUGUCGCCGCAAAAGUCCGAGUUACUCUUACGCACUCCUUUAGUUACAUCACCAUAAUCUGGGACUCUUGUUUGAUCGUUGUCGUUUGGUUCAAUCAUGACAUCUACUCUACAGUGUUUCCUCA